AUGGAACUCUAUCUAGUCAUAGCAAUAGUUUUAUGCCUAUUUUGCAACAAAGGCAGUCUAGUUUUUGGGGAUAUUGGCACUGCUACUUCUUAUAAUCCCCCAUACACUCCGACUAGGUGCGGUGGGAACAGGGCAGACCAGUUUCCGGCGGGGAAUCUGUUUGUGGCGGUAAGCGAGGGGCUGUGGGACAAUGGAGCUGCUUGUGGGCGGCGCUACCGCCUGAGCUGCCUCAGCGGCAACAACCGGCCGUGCAAGGGUGACACCAUCGACGUUAGGGUGGUGGAUUUCUGCCCCAAACGGCCGUGCCCUUCAACUAUUGUCCUCUCCACUGAUGCCUUUGCGCAGAUUUCCAAUUCUCCAAAUGCCAAAAUCAACAUUGAGUAUAUCCAGAUUUGACGCAGAAGAAGUGCAAGAAUACUCUGGUAGCUAGGUACUCAAAAGGUGUAGGAAAACCAACAAAUAAUGUACCUCAAGAACUACCAACCUGUUGUAGUUUUGCUUUGCAACUAAAAUGGUUAAGUAUACACACUUGUAACUACAAAAUCACAAGUUCAAAUUCUAAUUUUCUUAGUUUGAGCCGA